AGUUACCUUAUCUAAACCAUGAGCACAUGAACUGAAGCACUGAACUACAUAGCUUUUGCCACUCACUGAAUCCAUGGAAACUCUGCUAAAAAUCCCAUUCCCUAUCUUCUCUAAUAACCCACAUAUCCUCACAACAAAACCUACCAAACCCUUAAAGGUUUCAAUCAAACCUCCACCACCAGACUUUGAUUUCAGGUCGGAGAUUUUGCAGGAAUCUAGAGCCACAAUUUCAAGAACCCACCCUGAAUUGCUUGACUUGGCUAAUGAUGGCACCUUGCUGUUGAUUGAGAAGAAACUUUUUGGUCCUGUACCUUCCUGGAGGACUGAGUUUGUUGAGCCAGAAGCAAUAUGGUUGGUUGGGACUACACAUAUUUCUAGUCAAUCUGCUGCUGAAGUGGAGAGAGUGGUCAGGGCUGUUAAGCCUGAUAAUGUAGUAGUUGAGCUAUGUAGAAGCAGAGCUGGAAUUAUGUACAUUUCCGAUGAAGGUGAGGUUGGCCAACAAUUAAGAUCAAGCAUGUUCUCUUUGAGUGGCACUGGCUUUUUUGGAGCUGUCGGCCGUAGCAUAAACUUGGGAGGUCAAACAGCUUUAGCAUUGCGUCUACUUUUGGCCCUUUUCUCAUCAAAGAUUUCUUCUGAUGUCAACCGGCCUUUCGGAGAUGAGUUCCGAGCUGCUCGAAAAGUGGCUGAAGAAAUCGGUGCUCAAAUAGUCUUGGGGGACAGGCCAAUUGAAAUAACUCUUGAAAGGGCUUGGAAUUCUCUGAAAUGGAGGGAGAAGCUGAGUUUAGUGAUUGCAGUUGUUCGCGGAAUUACCUCAUCAUCUGAUAUAUCUAAGAACAAUUUCAAGGCAUCAAGCACAGAUGAUAGAACCUUUCAGCUCUACGAGCAGCUCAGCUUUUCAUAUCCAUCACUCCUGCAGCCUCUCAUACACGAACGAGACACUUAUCUUGCAUGGUCUCUGAAACGAAGCAAAGCUGUGAACAACGGCAAAAGAGUGGUGGGGGUGAUAGGAAAAGGUCAUAUGAAUGGUGUAAUUUAUGCAUUGAUAUCAGAUCAGGGAAACCUGCGGUUUCGAGACCUCGCAGGAAGGAGGUCAUCAGGCGAUGAUGGGUCUAAUGGCUUUGUUGCUGGUCUUGUUAAGAGCUUGGUUAGAGACACUGCCAUUGGCAUUCUGCUGUGGCAAUUAUAUGAACAAAUAAAAGGUUCACUAUAGAUUUUUUUUAGCAUGGUUAUUAAACUCAAAAACAUAUAUGUUUUGAUUAUAUUUUACCAAUAUAAAUUUUCUUAUUAAUAAA